CCAAAGAAGGUAUCAGAACGAGAUUUUUUUUUCUCAAAUUUACCAAAAAAAAAAAAAAAGUUAAAUUAUCUGCCUGCAUUUUAUUUUUUGAGUAAUUAUUUUUUCUUACAUUUAAAGAAUAUCGUCUCUAACUACUACUUUAAUAUUUACUAUUUUUGCUGUAAAAUUUUCAAUUUUGGCCUUCUUUUUUCUUUUCUCAUUUAGUAGUGUGUAUGUUAUAUUUAUGGUGAUAGUUCGGGGUGUUGUAAAUUCAGUCGUUUUUAUCUGAAAUUGAAUUGGUCUAUGAGUGUCUUUACCAACUUAUCAUCUAAUCAAUUUCGUACAAGCAAUGUUGAUUUUCAUCGUCUUAGUCUGAAAAGUUUUCUUCCAAUUCUUCGCAGUUGCAGUGUACACUAAAAUCAUAAACAGAAACUCUUUGCUUGAAUCUAUCUGUACUUGAUUUUCAGGGAUUUCAUUCUUACGUUAUAUUGGAGUAAGACUCUUUUGGGAUCUGUUUCGUUGCAGUUUGAUUUACGAAAAUGGGGUCGAAUUUGAACUUUAAGGGCACGGGCAACGAGCCGUCGGCUAACGGUGGUGGUGGCCGGCCCCCGGCGAAUAAUCACCUUGUGAGACAGUCUUCGAUCUAUUCACUAACUUUCGAUGAGUUUCAGAGCACAGUGGGUGGCAUAGGAAAGGACUUUGGGUCAAUGAAUAUGGAUGAGCUUUUGAAGAACAUUUGGAGCGCUGAGGAGAUCCAGAGCAUGGCCUCAGUUGGUCCUUCGAAUACUGGUCAAACUGGGGUUGGUGCGCCUCUUCAGAAACAGGGGUCGUUGACACUGCCUAGAACGCUGAGCCAGAAGACAGUAGACGAGGUUUGGAGGGACUUGUCCAAGGAUGGGUCUGGAGCUGCUGGGCCUAACUUACCUCAGAGGCAGCAGACUUUGGGAGAGAUGACUUUGGAGGAGUUCUUGGUGAGAGCUGGGGUUGUUCGAGAAGAUAACCAAAUGGCCGGGAAGCCUCCUAACAAUAGUGGCUUCUUUGGUGAUUUAUCGUGCUCCGUUAAUAAUCAUAACACAGGUUUGGGAAUCAGUUUUGAGCAGGCGAAUCGGGCUGCGACAAUGGUGGGUAAUCGGAUUCCUGACACUAACAAUCAGAUUUCCAUUCAAGCUGCGAAUUUGCCUUUGAACGUCAAUGGGGUUAGAUCGACUCAGCAGCACUUGGCCCAGCAACAACACCAGGGCCUGGCCCAGCAGCAAAUUUUUCCUAAGCAGCCUACUGUGAGUUAUGCAUCUCAGUUGCCUCUGCAAACGGGUGGUCAGUUGGGUAGUCCUGGAGUGAGGGGUGGGAUUAUGGGGAUAACGGAUCAGGGUUUGAGUAAUGCUUUGGUUCAGGGUGGAGGUAUGGGAAUGGUUGGAUUAGGAGGUGGGGCUGUUACUAUGGGGACUGGAUCCCCAGCGAACCAAAUAUCUUCUGAUGGGAUGAAGAGUAACGGUGAUACCUCAUCUGUUUCGCCGGUUCCUUUUGUAUUUAAUGGUGGUUUGAGGGGUAGAAAGUGCAGUGGGGCUGUGGAGAAAGUUGUCGAGCGGAGGCAAAGGAGAAUGAUUAAAAACAGAGAGUCAGCUGCCAGGUCCCGCGCUCGAAAGCAGGCUUACACUAUGGAACUGGAAGCAGAAGUUGCCAAGUUAAAAGAGAAGAACGAAGAGUUGAGGAAGAAACAAGAAGAAUUUGUGGAAAUGCAGAAAAAACAGGUAAUGGAGAUGAUAAACCUGCAGCGAGAAGUAAAGAAACGGUGCUUGAGAAGAACACAGACUGGGCCUUGGUGAAGUGAGUCUUUUCAUGGUAGGUGUGUUUGUACAUAUCUAAGGCCGAAAGCGUUUUCAGCCAUAGAUGGUCAUGAGAGCAUUAGUGUGUUUGUAGGCUUACCUUUCUAAUAUUAAUAUUAUUGUUCUGGUUAUCGUUACUUUUCCUUGGUAACGUUAUGCGUACAGAUAGGGAUGAAGGGGUAGCAGAAUACAUACUGUGAGAUAUUUCAAACCACGUUAGUUUCUACCAUCUCUAGUCAAUCAAUCUCUUUUAAUACCCAGGUUGCACAUUACAUCGCAUCACAAAUAUUAUAAUCCAUGUUCAUAUCUAUAGUAUUUUUAAUAUCUAAACCAACUUCUCUAA